AUGCGGUCCUCAAUCCGCCACGGUGUUCGGCGGUGUUCCCAGAGGAACUACGUCCGGUGUAAUGGCAGCAGCUCCCUGCGUCCUUUUUCCCUUUCUCGCCCUUCCACAUGCUCCGGCAGCCUCCCCUACACGAGGUUACCUCUCCUCUCCGGCACCAGCGGAACCGCCCCCUUCGACCCCCAAUCUCCCCGAGCCUACCACUCCUCGUCUAGGAAAUCCUCCGCCUGGGCCGCCGUAGCCUCGGUAGCCUCCAACGUCGUGACCAACGCCGCGAAGCGAGCCGUAGGCGCCGCCGGCACCGCAGAUCUCCCCAUCCACCCGCUCAAGGUGGUAGCCAAGGAGCUCAGCACCAAGUUCCUCACUCCCAACAUCAAGAAGCUCGUAGCGUCGCGCACCCCACAACUCGACCGUGUGGCCAAGUACUACACCCAAUCCGAGGGCAAGUAUGUCCGUCCGCGGAUCGUCCUCCUCAUGGCCCGCGCCACCUCGCUCUGUCCCAAGGCCGGGCCCGAAUCCCUCCGCGCUAGCGCCAUCUCUAUCGACCAGGCCAUCUCUCCCGCUACCAUCCUCUCGGACGUUAACCCCACGAACCAGUCCGCUAGCCUUAACUCGCCGCCCGACGCUGAGGUGAUACCGGGCGUUAACCCCGCGCAGCGCCGUCUCGCCGAGAUUACGGAGACGAUCCACACGGCGUCACUUCUUCACGACGACGUCAUCGAUCUUUCUGAAUCACGCCGCGGCGCUCCCUCUGCUAACCUCCAGUUUGGCAACAAGAUGGCAGUCCUAGGCGGAGAUUUCCUCCUCGCGCGCGCGUCCGUCGCACUCGCGCGUCUUCGACACCCGGAGGUCAUCGAGCUCCUCGCCACCGUCAUCGCUAACCUCGUCGAGGGCGAGUUCAUGCAGCUCCGCAACACCGAGGCCGGCGAGCGAAACCCCGUCUGGACGGAGGAGGCCCUGACGUAUUACCUCGAGAAGACGUACCUCAAGACGGCUAGUCUCAUCUCCAAGUCGUGUAGGGCCACGGCUAUCCUGGGCGGUGCCGACGCCGCGACCGUCGACGCCGCGUAUGCGUACGGCAAGAACCUCGGCCUGGCGUUCCAGCUUAUUGAUGAUAUGCUCGAUUAUACGAUUAGCGGGAAGGAUCUGGGAAAGCCGGCGGGCGCGGAUCUUGAGCUCGGUCUGGCGACGGCGCCGCUUUUGUUUGCGUGGAAGGCGAAUCCGGAAUUGGGGGCUUUGGUGGGGAGGAAGUUUGCCGAGGAGGGAGAUGUAGCGAGGGCGCGUGAACUCGUCCUCCAGAGCGACGGCAUUGAACAAACCCGGGCUCUCGCCGAGGACUACGCCAACAAGGCCGCCGCGGCCCUCGAGGCCUUCCCCGACAGCGAAGCCAAGGGGGGACUCCUCCAGAUGACGCGCGACGUAUUAAAGCGAAAGAAAUAA